GGGCGUGUCCCGGGGUGGGCGUGGCCAGGCGUGCCGCUGCCGCAGCGCCGUUGCGGGUGGGGCGCCGGUGCCGCCAUGUCGGAGCCGGGGGCCGAGGGCCCGGGCCCGGGCCCGGCCGCCAUCCAGGUCUCCAGGAUCAUGCGCCCCGACGAUGCCAACGUCGCGGGGAACGUCCAUGGAGGAACCAUCCUGAAGAUGAUAGAGGAGGCGGGAGCCAUCAUCAGCACCCGCCACUGCAACUCCCAGGCCGGGGAGCCCUGCGUGGCCGCGCUGGCGCGGGUGGAGCGGACGGACUUCCUGUCCCCAGUGUGCAUCGGCGAGGUGGCCAAUGUCAGCGCCGAGAUCACCUACACCUCCCGGCACUCCGUGGAGGUCCAGGUCAACGUCAUGUCCGAAAACAUUUUAACAGGGGCCAAGAAGGUGACGAACAAGGCGACGCUGUGGUAUGUGCCACUGUCCCUGAAGAACGUGAACAAGGUGCUCGAGGUUCCCCCUAUCCAGUAUGCGAGAAAGGAGCAGGAGGACGAGGGGAGGAAGCGUUACGAGGAGCAAAAGCUGGAUCGGCUGGAAACUAAGCAGAGAAACGGUGACGUGAUCUUUCCCGUCAUCAACCCAGACAGGCAGACGAAAGAGCCGCACACCGUGGGCUACAGCCAGUCCAGCCUGAUCCACCUGGUGGGGCCGUCGGACUGCACGCUGCUGGGCUUCGUGCACGGAGGCGUCACCAUGAAGCUCAUGGACGAGGUCGCUGGGAUUGUGGCCGCCCGCCACUGCAAGACCAACAUUGUCACCGCCUCAGUGGACGCCAUCAACUUUCACGAGAAGAUCAAAAAAGGCAGCGUCAUCACCAUUUCGGGGCGCAUGACCUUCACGAGCAAUAAAUCCAUGGAAAUCGAGGUUUUUGUGGAUGCCGACCCGUUCGUGGACGAGCCCCGGGAGCGGUACCGCGCUGUCAGCGCCUUCUUCACCUACGUCUCCCUGAGCAAGGAGGGGAAGCCCCUGCCCGUCCCGCAGCUGCUGACCGAGACGGAGGACGAGAAGCGGCGCUUCGAGGAGGGGAAGGGCCGGUACCUGCAGACGAAAGCCAAGCGGCAGGCGCAGGUGCAGCAGGCUGCCCGGCAGUGACCCGCCCCCGCCGCCCCCGCCAAGCGUCCGGGUUCCCGUCAGCGUCGUGUCCGGCCUCGCGCCUCCGCCCGCCCCCGCUGCCGCCACAGCCGCGGCCGCUUCGCCGCCGAUCCGUUGAACGCCGUAGACCUCGUGCUUUAGGUGGCUUAAGCGCCCGGGAGCCUCCGGGGCAGCCCCGGCCCCUCACCCCGUGAGCCCCGUUUGCAGCCCCGUCAGCGAAGCUCGUGCCCGCGGGAGCCGGGCGGGCGCGCGGCGGCACGGGGGACACGCGAGGCCCCGUGUCUGUGACGCUGUGUUAAACUCGCCGGUAUGUCCUCAAACCGCACACCAAAGCUCACGUACGGCACUGGCGGCGGGGCGCGCCCCGGACCGUACUGAAUGUCUUGGACCAUCUCGUUGACAUCUCUAGGUAGUUUCUUUGUGCACAUCUAAGUUAUUGUAUUCAAGGAAUCCUGUGGCAUAAUUAAAGUCUGUUGUCGUUGGCUGAAAA